GAAUUUUAGUAUGAACAACGCAAACGUAUAACUAGGACUAAUCAUCUUCAUCGGGGGGAAACGUUAUCCUUCCGAAAUAGGACGCACACAAGGAGUCUUCCUUCGAGCGACGCGAAUGCGUUUCCGUUUUCCCUAAAAUCGACUGCACGUGUAUUUUCGAAUUUUACGACUUCUCGGGGGGCGGCCGGUCCGUUCUUGUUUUCUCGUAAAUAAAAAUAUCGGAAAAGCUACAAAGUAUGCCUAAUAAUUUCGAGGAUGUUAAAGUGAACUUUGGGCUGGGUUCGAUACUUGUUUUAAUUGCAUAUUUACUGAGAGCCCAAGCAGAAGACCAAUGCAGUUUCCAAAACCUAAUCGAAUGCACUAAACGCAUUUCAGAAUUAACAACAGACGCGGGUUUGCCGUUGUUCAACAGCAAAUCGGAUUUAGAAAAAAUGUGCCCAAACCUGAAGGACUCCAUCAAGUGCAUACACGGCUUCACCAGGAAAUGUAUGGUAAAGGAAGACAGGAUGCAUUUCAGGAAAGUCUUUUACGGCACUGGCUUGAUGAUACACGAUUUAUGCCGACCUGGACGUUACCAAACUGAGUACCUGAAGUACGCACCUUGUAUGAUAAACGCGUCUAUGGACAAUCAAAUUUGCUUCGAAACUUACACGACGUCCAUGGAACGCUUUAAAUCGAAUUCGGUGGAACUGGAACAAAUUCACAACGAUUUUGAGAACAUAUUGAGAAGGCGAAGAGAGGCCCCAAACGAGGUCAUAAAAAACAUUUGUUGUGCCUUCCAAAGGUACGCCGAAUGUUCGACAGCGGCGGUGAAUAAAAAAUGCGGUAGCGAAACGGCCAAUUUCAGCAUAAGAUUUUUAAUGAAAAUGUCUUCGUCGAUGUUGAAAGUUCAUUGCAGUGAGUACGGAAAAAUAGGGUGCAGUCCUGAAUCAAUUCAAUCCAAAUCGAUUCCUGUAAUGGGUCUAUCGAUUUCAAGUCUGCUUAUUUGGACAAUCGCAAUUCGAAUAUCUCUAAUAUAAUGAUUAAUAACGUAGAAAAAUGAC